CUGCCACUUCCACUUCCACACUGUGCUCUAUUCUGUUGAUCCAAAAAAACUGAGAUAAUAAUAAAGGACAUCUAUUUUUUUUUUGUGGAUCAAAAAAAAAAAAUUGGCUCUAUUCUGAUUAAGAACUUUUGGCUCUAUUCGAUGACGAUCAAUCGACGUCCGCUACUCCGCUUCACCUAUCUUCUUCCCCAAAUUAUCACGAAUGUUUGCAGAAAAGUGAUGAUUAAGAACUUAAUGAACUGGUAAUUAGCUCUCGAUCUCAAGGCUGAUCUUAUAUUAUAUCCGUCUGUAUACAUACAUAGUUACUUCCAGGAUAAUUUGGAACUGAUAUAGUGGUAUGCGCAUAUUCCUAAUUACAGUGUAUAUGUGUUUCUAUAUGUAUAUGAUUACAUCAGGUUUGUACUCGUAUGAUAAAGAAUUGAACGCCUGAAAGUGGCCCUUAGUCAUCGAAGCCAGAACGAGAGCGGAUGGAUAUAUUUCGCGGCUGUGCUGCAAUUAUCCAAUUCGUUUUUGGCUGUGGGGAUAACGAUUCCGAUGACUAUCGACCACGACGACCAGAAGCCGAUUGGAGAAAGCAGUACCACGAUCCUGAACUUAGAAAUCGUAAUGUUGCUGCUUCUGCUGCUUAUCUUUCUAGUUUAUUCCCAGAGGAUAAAAGGGAAAUCACCUCCGCCAACAAAAGCUCUUUUUCAUUCAUUCAUUCAUCUCCCGCCUCACACAAGGUUUUCAGUGAAGACUCUACAAAGACGAGAGACUCUCAGAAUCAAAGUAAAAGCACCACUCCAAAAUACGCCUAUCAGACAUCUUCUUCUCAGCUAUCCCGUGAGAAUAAGUUUCCUUUUCCAAAUACAGCCAAGCUGCCCCCAUCUCCCUCACCCUCUCCUAAACCAGCACCAUCCUCCCCACCAUCUUAUGCUCAAAAGAAGCCUUCUCUGUCCACCAAACCAACCUUGCGUGUCGAUUCUUGGUCUUCUGAAAAAAAUCAAUACAUUUGGGAUGAGAAGGAUGCAACACCAACAUAUGCAGCUCCUGAUGAUAUUAAAAGACAAAUCGAAAUGGAUAUUGUGCCACAUGCUCUGAAGAAGCCAUUGUCCAUCUCAACUUACAAGGACUACUUCCGUGCUUUAUUGUAUGCCGAGGACUACUAUCUCGAGAAAUGGGAUGGUUUUAAAAUGUUUGAUGUGACCUUGGAGUUGCACGAUGCAGCAAUUUACAAAAGAAAGAGUAGAGACAAUAGGGAUGAACGAAAAGACAAAAAGAAAUUUGUAGCAUUUGAGAUGGAUAAAAUUCCAGAAAAAAGGCCUUUCUUGUUAUCUCGGGAUUUUGUCUCACUGAGACCUUCAGGGAAGAACUCCCCGAUCUUUAAGGGCCUGGUCUAUAGGGUGGUGAAAAGCAAUCUCUUAUUAUCAGAAUUUGGAGAUGACUUCUUAUAUAAGCACCAUCCAGCCAAAAAAUAUGAUGUCAAGUUCUCAUUCAACAGAGUCUGUUUGAAACGUGCUCACCACGCAAUUGAAUCUGCAUCAGGUCCCUUAUUAAGAAAUUUUGUCUUCCCCAAAUACCUUCCAGAAAGCUGCAAACUUGUUCCCAAACACUCCUCUCUCAUUGAAAAGAUUUUGAGACUCCGGGCCUUCCCACCCCACCUUGUACAGGGACAAUUAUGUAUUACUUGGAAUGGGGAAAAAAACUGUUUAUCGGAAACUGGAAAUUACAUUGUGGACACUGUGGUGGACCUGUUUCUAGCAUCUUCUCUAAACCGGAUCCUUUUGUGCGCACCAGCAAACACAACAUGUGACGAACUCCUGAGAAGACUCAAGUUGUUCAUUCCUGAGCAUGAUAUUUUUAGGGCCAAUGCUGCAUUCCGAGAACGGGAAGAAGUACCCGAAGACAUACUUCCUUCUUGUACAUAUGAAGACGAAACUGAAUGUUUUCUCUGCCCUUCGCGUGAUGAACUCAGCAGGUAUAAGGUAAUCCUGACCACUUUUAUGAGUGCUUACCGGCUACACAACGAGGGCUUAAGGGCUGGGCAUUUCAGCCAUGUCAUUUUAGUGGAUGCCUCGUCUGUAACUGAACCCGAGGCAUUAGUUCCUUUAGCUAACUUUGCUACUGAGGGGACAACCGUUGUUGUCUUCGGUAAAUCAGGAAAUCGUUCAGGCUGGAUACGGUCCACUAUGGCAAGAAAGUUUGGGUUGGCACGCUCUUACUUUGAAAGACUCUGUCAUGACAAUCCAAAUUCCAUCACAGUCCUAACUAGCGCUGAUCAUAUUGAUUAAGGCUGACUGACUGGAUAAUAAAGUAUGGGAUUGUACUGAUAUUUAUUGACGAGAACUAGUAGAUUAUGAAGCAAAGUGAACUUGUUUCGACUUGAAUUGUAUCAUCUCAACAUAAGGUUGUUAAAACCAUACGGAGUAUUUCUAAAUCGAAUAGGAUUAAGGCUUUACGAUAUGAAUGAUUAAUCGUAAGAUAAUACAAUAUAUAUGUGUGUGUGUGAGAGAGAGAGAGUGUGU